CGGGCGAUUGAAUUAAGAAACAACUUUCUUUCUUUAAACCCAUUUAAAAUUCAUUCAAUUCCUGAUUCAAUCAAUUGAAAGUGCUAAAAUGGAAGGCCUUUAUUUCAACAUCGAUUAUGGUUUUGUCGAAGGGGUUGUUCGAGGUUAUAGAACUGGUCUCUUGGGUAACAAUCAAUAUGUUAAUUUAACUCAAUGUGACAAUUUAGAAGAUUUAAAACUUCAACUCAGUUCCACUGAUUAUGGGAAUUUUUUGGCUUCGCAUUCAGGUCCAUUAUCCACUCUGAUAAUUCAAGACAAUAUGUCGAAAAAACUUUAUCAACAAUUCCAAUACUUGCGUUCGCAGGCUUCUGGUAAGUUGAGUAAAUACUUAGAUUACAUUAGUUAUGGAUAUAUGAUCGAUAACGUUUCUCUUAUGAUCACAGGAACUUUGCAUGAACGUGAUUGCUCGGAAAUCUUGGCCAAAUGUCAUCCAUUGGGAUGGUUUGAAACCUUGCCCACCUUGAGUAUUGCCACCGAUAUUGAAUCCUUGUAUAGUACCGUUCUUGUUGAUACUCCAUUGGCUCCAUUUUUCAAAAAUUGCUUGACUGCAGAUGAUUUGGAUGAUUUAAACAUUGAAAUCAUUAGAAAUAAAUUGUAUAAGAAUUACUUGGAACUGUUUGUUGAAUUCAUUGAAAAGGAAUUCGAUGGUCCAGAUUACGAAAUCAUGGGGAAAUUGCUUUCCUUUGAGGCCGAUAAGAGAGUCAUUAAUAUUGCCUUGAACUCUUUAAACAACCCGGAUUUGUCCAGUGAUGAUAAGUUGAGUUUGUUCCCCCUGUACGGGAAAUUAUACCCAUUGUAUCACCGUGAAUUGGCCGAAGCGGAAGAUGUAGAACAAUUGAAGUCCAUCAUCGAUGGUGGUGACUACAAGGAAUUGUUUAACGGUGGUGGGAACAACAGUAGUAGCAACGAAAACGGAGGUGGUUCCAAUCUUGAAGAUUGGUUCUAUCUCCUUGAAAUGCAAUACUGUAAAAAUGCAUUCACUCAACAAUUCACAUUGUCUUCAGUUUGGGCCUGGUUGAGAUCCAAGGAGCAGGAAAUCAGAAAUGUCACCUGGAUUGCUGAAUGUAUUGCCCAGAACCAAAAGAACAGAAUUGACAAUUACAUUUCUGUUUACUAAGUGGGGCACUGAGAUCUAAUCGUUUUAUAAUCUUGUUACCCCCACCCCCACCUCCAUUCCCAGCCACAUAAAUCUUGUUUAAUUCAUCGUUGUAUAGACUAUUUAAAAAUAUAAAAAGGGGUCGAUAUGGCCAGAUAGUUUAC